UUUGCUUAAAGUAAUUGUUGCCAGAGGCCCGGGCCCCUGGAGUAUAAAGCAGAAUAUCUGCUUUCUGCACCCAGAACUGAGCAGAGUCCAUACUGCAAGCAUGGCUGCAGUCCUUACCUGGGUUCUGGUCCUGCUCUCAGCGUUUUCAGUUACCCACACACGGAAAGGCUUCUGGGACUACUUCAGCCAGAGCAGUUGGGACAAAGGUGUGAUGGAGCAGGUCCAACAGCAGAAGCAGGCCCAGGACCAUGUGAGGCUGAAAGACAGCCUUGAGCAAGAUCUCAGCAAUAUGAACAAAUUCCUGGAGAAGCUGGGCCCCCUGAGUGGGCCGGGGAAGGAGCCCCCUCUGCGGGCCCAGGACCAGGAGGGCAUGAGGCAGCAGCUGCAGGAGGAGCUGGAGCAGGUGAGGACUCGCCUGCAGCCCUACAUGGCGGAGGUACACGAACUGGUGGGCUGGAACUUAGAGGAUCUGCGACGGCAGCUGAAACCCUACACAGUAGAGCUAAUGGAGCAGGUGGCCCUGCGUGUACAGGAGCUGCAGGAGCAGUUGCGUGUGGUAGGGGAAGGUACAAAGGCCCAGGUGCUGGGCGGCUUGGAUGAGGCACUGGGCCUGCUGCAAGACAUGCCUAGCCGCGUGCUGCACCACACUAGCCGCGUCAAAGAGCUCUUCCACCCCUAUGCUGAGCGCCUGGUGCGUGGCAUCGGGCGCCACAUGCAGGAACUGCACCGCAGCGUGACUCCACAUGCUGCUGCCAGCCCAGCCCGGCUCAGCCGCUGCGUGCAGGCGCUCUCGCACAAGCUCACGCUCAAGGCCAAGGCCCUGCAUGCGGGCAUUCAGCAGAACCUGGACCAGCUAGGCAAAGGGCUCAGUGCCUUUGUACACACUAGCGCAGACUGGGCCGAGGAGGGGGCCAGCCUGGGCCCCCACAUGCUCUCUGAGGAGGUACGCCAGCGACUCCAGGCUUUUCGCCACGACACCUUUGAGCAAAUCUCUCUCUUCACACAAGCCAUUGACCAGGAGACUGAGGAGAUCCAGCAGCAGCUGGCACCAACCCCACCCGGCCACAGUGCCUUCGCCCCUGCGUUCCCAGAAGUGGAUGGCGGCAAGGCCCUGAGCAAGCUGCAGGCCCGUCUGGACGACCUGUGGGAAGACAUCACCUACAGCCUUCAUGACCAGAGCCAUAGUGAUCUAGGAGAACCCUGAGGGUCAACUUGCCCAGGUUCACUCUCUAGCUCCCGGUCUGGGGGGCCCAAGAUCUGAGCCUCUGCGUGGUCUGCUGGGUGAGGGCGGAGGGUCCUGCACAGGGUAGGUGAGGCCACCAGGGGGGCUGCUGUCCCUGGAAUAUCCAUCCUCCUCAAUGUCCUCAUCCAGAUGCAUUACACUCACUAGGUUUUGCAAACCCAGCUUUCCGUACUCAUUGGGGCAUUCUUUCAUGAAUUUUAGUGUUCAGAGGUGGAGGGAGUAGGGAGGGAGAGAGAUUCUAUGUCCGAAAGCCUGUGUGGGAGAUGGCACUGGGAGCCUGUGCCACUGCAUCCCAAAGUGUGGUUCCUGUCACUUCUGGAUGCCUGAUGGUCACUGCUACGGCUGGUCCACAGAGAGGAGCCCUUGUUUCCCCAGGGCUGCCAGGACAGCUUCUGUUGGGCCAAUAGAAGAGAUCAAGGAGGAAAAUACAUGGGGAGAGAAUGUGAUGAUGUGUGUAUAUCCCUGCUAGCUGUGAUGCUGGUGUGUGUGAAUGGUGGGGACAGUGAUGGGCUAGGGCAGGGUCCAUGUUUCCUUAUAUAGCUCUGCAUCUAAGCAAGGGACCAAGCCCUCCAAACUCUGGGGGCUUCUUAAAUUGUCUAGGGAGCAUAAUGUGUGCCCUCCCCAUCUCCAGCCCUUCCUUCCUGAUUCCCAAACUGAAGCCUAGACUUCUGCUCAAAUGAAACAGAUGCUUACGAUGGAA